CUAAUCUCUGAUGAACCAGACAGCGGCUUCUGAAAUGUUUAGAACAUGAAAUUGACAAACAGCCUCAGACUACCUGUCCUAUGAGCUGGUGACGGGGCGUGCCCCCCGAGGGUAUAUAUAAGGAGGACCUGAACCUUGAGCUGGACUUGUGUCUGAAGGUCUUGACUCGCAGGAUGAACGCCCUCCGAACUCUGUUUCUCUUGGCCGCCGGCCUCUCUGUGGGUGAGUACAACUUCACAGAAAGCUUCACCCCCCAUCUCACUUGUGGAUAAAUACAGUAUUUGUGAUUCAUCUGCAUGAGCGGCGGUUGAUGCUCCUUCUAGUCCUGUAUAAACAGAUUUUUCAUCCUUCCAGCUUGUUGUGCUCCAGCCCUGUCUAUCAACAGCAAGUCACUCUACCAUUCUCAGCAAAUGAUGCAGUGCACAAUGCCCGGCAGCUGGCCGAUUAGGGACGACUCUGGCACGCCUGUGGACGAGCUGGACAGGUGCUGCCACGUGCACGACAAGUGUUACGAUGACGCCCUGGAGCACCACCCAUGCCGCACCAUCUUCCACAGACCUUUCAAGUUAUACUCCUAUAACUGUGACGAAGCGAGCAAGAUGAUCACCUGUGGCAAGGACAACAACGCAGGAGGACCUGAACUGUGUCUGAAGGUCUCGACUCGCAGGAUGAACGCCCUCCGAACUCUGUUUCUCUUGGCCGCCGGCCUCUCUGUGGCCCUGUCUCGCCGUGGCAGGGCGAUCCCCCAGUUCCAGCAAAUGAUCCUUUGCACGAUGCCCGACAGUUCGCCGAUUAGGGACUACGCUGACUACGGCUGCUACUGUGGAAAGGGCGGCUCUGGCACGCCUGUGGACGAGCUGGACAGGUGCUGCGAAGUGCACGACAACUGUUAUGGUGAUGCUCAGCAGCACGACAAAUGCUUGUCGAUCUUCGACAGCCCUUACAUCGAGUGGUACACCUGGAGCUGUGACGAAGCAAGCAAGACGGUCACCUGUGACGAGAUAGACAACGGCGAAUGUGAGCAGUUCAUCUGCGAGUGUGACAGGAAGGCCGCCGAGUGUUUCGCCAGAUCGCCUUAUAACAACGAUCACUAUAACCUGCCCAGCGACCGAUGUCAGUCGAAUACUUCUGCAUUUAAUCAAACACAGGAUCCACUCCCACACACGACACACUCAUCACGGAGCGGCAGCAGCUUGUUUCGUCCGCAAAUACUCACACUGACUUUGUACUGUCACAUUCUCAAGGUCAUGUUUUUCUUUUCUCCUUCUUUCUCUGCACUUUAUCUCUAUUGUUAGCUGUGGAUCUGUAUCCUGACUAGAAACACCAGUAGAUCUGCAUCUCUCAUUAACUGAUUCACGGUUAUUCACGGGUAUGAUCUUAACUCAAGCUUCCAAUAGAGGGCGCUCUCAUGAAGCUCUUUCUUCCCUUGAAAUCAAUGGUUUUGUGCACCUUGGGCAUAUCUGUGAUGAAAAAGUAAAGAUUUUAACCAUUCUUGCAAAAAAAAGGCUUUUCUCACUGUUUCCAUCGCUUUUGUGCACUUUGAACAUUAGAAGAAGAGAAACCAGUUAGUUAACAGACUGUAGACUUUAAUAUUGGCAAUUUCUCAAAUUAUACAAUGCUUGCAGUACUCAAUAAAGAAGAUUAAAAAAAUGA